GCAAUAGAUGAAUAGAGUUACGAGUCCCCCGGAUGCGAUUCCUCUCCUUUCCAGCCUCUCGAUUUUGCGUCCAGCUCCGAAAGACGCGCGCAUGUUGCGCAGAAGAACGCUAGGACGCAAUUGCGCGUUUUGAAGGCGCGUAAUAGCCGAGGGAGAGAGAGGAAGAGAGACGAGGGGUCAGACACGUGGUAUGCAUACAUCGACGCAGAGCAGUCGGAUCUUCCUUAUUCAUCUCGCUCUUCCUUCGUAAUCGUGAUUCCCCGAGGGUCAUAUAACCGCUUACUCAAGAAAGAUGCAGAAAAGACGCCGAGGGAGGAAUGGAUUUAGAAGUUUUCUGUGAUUAAAGGCUUGUAAAGUCACACCGUGAUAAAUCUUGCCGUUCCACGGCUGGUCACACGUCGUUUAAUUCACCACAGCGGGAUGAGCGUGCGUACGCAAAAGCUACUUCUGUGUGCGCUCGUGCUUCUAGGCAUUCUCUACCUCUGCACGAACCGACGUGCGAAUGACAAGGAUGUGUCCCUGAAGCGGCUUCUCGCCGCUGCGAUAAGAGCGGCGGAGAUUGGAGGAUUGGAAGUGGUGGUGGUGCACGAUCAGAUUAAAUUCAAAAUAGAGAGCAAAGGCCAGACGAAGGAAGGUGUAAAUGAUCCAGUAACAGCGGCGGAUUAUAGAUCUCACUGUGCCAUGUAUCGCUCUUUGACGGAAGCAUUCCCAGGGAUUACUGUGAUAUCUGAGGAAACGUCGCAAGAUUGUGAUAAAAUUAGAGUAGAAGAUAUUAAGAAUUCUGUCAAAAAUCUCGAGGGUUACGAUAUAAGUGACGACGUUGUAAACGUUAAUGAUAUUACGAUCUGGAUAGAUCCUCUUGACGCCACCAAAGAAUUCACAGAGAAUUUACUGCAAUAUGUAUCUACUAUGGUAUGCAUCGCCGUCAAAGGACAACCAGUUAUUGGUGUUAUAUAUAAACCGUUUGAGACAAAACAGAAUUCCAGUUUAUUCUGGACGUGGAGCAAUCAUGGUGUAUCAAGAAACUUGAAAAAUUUACCCAAGGUAAAGGACAAUAAAACACCUAUCUUGAUUGUAUCUCUCUCACAUGCUGGCCAAGUAAAAAACUCAUCUAAAGCUGCCUUUGGUGACAAUGUUAAAAUUAUUUCUGCUGCUGGUGCAGGAUACAAAUUUUUGGAAGUAGCUGCUGGUAAUGCAACAGCGUACGUUCAUACGACUGCUAUCAAGAAAUGGGAUAUAUGUGCUGGCACUGCAAUUCUUAGUGCUUUAGGAGGAACAGUGACACAGUUAUACGAUCAACAACCAAUUUAUUUCGGAUCUAAUGAUGACAAAGUACUUACAAAGGGUCUUUUAGCGACCAUGAGCGAUCACGCGUGGUAUUCCGAAAAAUUCUUGCAUGACUUUCCAUCCGAUUCACAUUAAUCAAGAAUACAAUAUAUCAGGAGAGAGAAUGAAGGUUGUAUAUAUCAAGUCCUGCUUAUAAGAUUCGUGUUCUAAGUAAUUUAUAUCAAUAUGUGCUCGCGUACGUAAGAUCACAUACCUUCCAAUAUCUGUCUUAUCGUUAAGUAUUUAUUAUAAAAGAUAAAUUUGUCAUAAACUGUGUAAAAAAAGUAGACUUUUAUAUAAUAAAUGGAAU